AUGCAGCUCAUCGCCGACGCCGACGCCGGGCGGCGGUUCCGAUUCUUCGACGACGGCGAGCUGACGUAUGUCGACGACGAACACAACCUCGCCGAGCGGCACUCGGUCCUUCAUCGCUGCACCAAGAAUGUAGACUGGAAUUCGAACACUGUCGACGGCGAGGUCGUGGUGGAAUUCCAGGCGGCCAUCGGCGACGUCGAGCCGUGGACCGCCGAGACUCCCCGCCUCUACACUGCGCUCUUCGUGCUGAGCAGCCAUGGCCUCGACGGUGGCGGCGGUGGUGAGGAAUUCCAGCGAUGCAGCUACCAUGCGGUCAAGGUCGGCUUCCGGCGCGUCUCGGUGUCGCCCCGCGACGGCGCGCUCCUGCUCAACGGCCGCCCGCUCAAGUUGCGCGGCGUCAACCGACACGAGUUCAACGCCUGGAAGGGCAUCGGCGCAUUCUCCUCAUUCCCGACUUCGGCCACGUCAGCAUCGUCGUUGUCGUCGACAACAGCCGCCGAUGUCGACGACAACAGCAAGCGGGAGGCCAUCAGGGAUGUGCAGAUGAUGAAGCGGGCCAACUUCAACGCCAUCCGCACGUCGCACUACCCCAACGACGCCUUCUUCUACCUCCUGUGCGACCACCUGGGCGUCUACGUCGUCGACGAGGCCAACAUCGAGACCCACGGCCUGUGGGACCACUUCUCGGACGACCCCGCGUAG